AUGCCGGCCGUCCACAACAGUCCCAUGUGUCCAUGCUCCAAGAAGACCUGCUCCGCCUGCCCUCCUUCCCCCACGGCCAUCGACGGGGAGUUCUCUCUUCAGCGAGCCACAGGGAGCUCUUUGGCCUGGACACUCUCCACAAAGUCCUGUGGAUCAAACUACUGGAAGAGAUGUUUCUGGGCAUGCCCAGUGAGUACCCGUGGGGACGAGAUCAUGCUCUUCCUGAACGUGUUCAACGGUGCCCUGCUGCUGCACCCCGAGGACAGCGCCCUCAGGCAGUACACGGCUACUGCCAUCAACACGGCCGUUCACUUCAACCACCUGUUCUCCCUGAGUGGAUACCAGUGGCUCCUCCCCACCAUGUUGCAGGGGAUAGAGUUCUGCGUCAGACAGUUCUACAUCCUGCACCGUAAACCCUUCAUCCUCCAGCUGUUUGCCAGUGUGGCCCCACUGCUGGAGUUCACAACGUGCACCAUGGUUCCCUCUGUUUCAGACUUCUGCUAUGGUAGUGAGGACCUGGCCUUCUCCAUCAGUGAGUCCAUCAAGCUGUGUGUGACGGUGGUGGCCUACGCCCCAGAGUCUUUCAGGAGCCUACAGAUGCUGAUGGUGCUGGAGGCCCUGGUGCCGUGUUUUCUCCAGAAGCUGAAGAGCAACACCAUGACCAUGGAGUCAGCCUCGGCAGCGCGGGACGAGAUCGCCGCCAUCGCCGCCCUGGCCACCUCCCUGCAGGCCCUGCUCUAUAGCUCAGAGACCCUCACACGGCCUAUGACUGCCCCCCAGUUGAGUCGCUGUGACCAGGGACACAAAGGUGCAACGACUGCCAACCACGCCAUGUCUGGAGGGCCCAACACCAGUCGCCUUGUGUCCGGCAUCAGGGACAACCUUCACCUGUUGGAGGAGGGCCAGGGGAUGCCUCGCGAGGAGCUGGACGAGCGUAUCGCCCGUGAGGAGUUUCGCCGGCCCCGGGAGUCCCUCCUGAACAUCUGCACUGAGUUCUACAAGCACUGCGGCCCGCGCCUCAAGAUCCUGCAGAACGUGGCCGGGGAACCCCGUGUCACCGCCUUAGAGCUGCUGGACAUCAAAUCCCACAUGAGAUUGGCAGAGAUCGCUCACUCCCUCCUCAAGCUGGCCCCCUACGACAGCCUGACCAUGGAGAGCCGAGGCCUGCGGCGCUACGUCACUGGGAUGCUGCCCAUCACCGAUUGGUCGUCCGAGGCCGUGCGGCCCGCCCUCAUCCUCAUCCUGAAGCGGCUUGACCGCAUGUUCAACAAGAUCCACAAGAUGCCUACGCUCAGGAGACAGGUGGAGUGGGAGGCGGCCAGUAGUCUGAUUGAAGGUAUCUGUCUGACUCUCCAGCGUCAGCCAAUCAUCUCCUUCCUCCCUCACCUCCGCUCCCUCAUCAAUGUCUGUGUCAACCUGGUGAUGGGGGUAGUAGGCCCCUCCAGUGUGGCUGAUGGGCUGCCCCUGCUCCACCUGAGCCCGUAUCUGUCCCCACCUCUACCCUUCAGCACAGCAGUGGUCCGCCUGGUGGCUCUGCAGAUACAGGCUUUGAAGGAUGACUUCCCCCUGAGCCAUGUGAUCUCCCCCUUCACCAAUCAGGAGAGGCGAGAGGGCAUGCUGCUCAACCUGUUGAUUCCAUUCGUGCUGACAGUGGGUUCAGGGAGCAAAGACUCCCCACACCUGGAGCAGCCUGAGGUCUCUCUGCUCCUGCAGACGGUCAUCAACAUCCUCCUCCCCCCGCGCAUCAUCAGCACGUCCCGGACCAAAAACUUCAUGCUGGACACGUCCCCCGCCCACUGCUCCACCCCGGGGGACCAGGGCAAGGACCUGAGGAGAGAGGGCCUGGCCGAGUCCACCAGUCAGGCUGCAUACCUGGCUCUAAAGGUGGUGUUGGUUUGUUUUGAGCGGCAGCUGGGGAACCAGUGGUAUCGCCUCAGCCUGCAGGCCAAGGAGAUGUCUCUGAGGAAGGUGGGAGGCCUGGCCUUCUGGGACUUCAUAGAUUUCAUAGUGCGUACUCGGAUUCCCAUCUUCGUCCUGCUGCGUCCCUUUUAUCCACUUCUGACCCAGCCAGCUGACUCCCAGGAGGAGAUCACGGCCCGCCACCACAUCGCUGACCAGCUGGAGCGUCGCUUCAUCCCCCGCCCCCUCUGCAAGAGCUCCCUGUUCGCAGAGUUCAACAACGAACUGAAGAUCCUCAAGGAGGCUGUGCACAGUGGCUCUGCGUACCAGGGCAAGACGUCCAUCAGCACAGUGGGCACGUCCACCUCUGCCUACCGCCUGUCGCUGGCCACCAUGUCCCGGUCCAACACGGGCACGGGCACGGUGUGGGAGCAGGAGAGUCAGCCGUCACGCCAGCCCUCUCAGGACACGCUAAGCCGCACCGACGAGGAUGACGAACAGGAGCAGGAAGAGAAUGACUCUAUCAGUAUUCCCAGUGUGGUGAGUGAACAUGAGGUCUUCCUGCCCAGGCUCAUCACCCAGCGACGCUUCUCUAGUCACGCCACGGGCAGCGCCCAGCCUGAACCCAGCACCCGCAGCACCAUGCUGCCCAGCCACAGUGAACCCAAUGUGCUAGAUGAGUCUCAAGGACUGGAAGAGGGUAACCUGUCUAGGGUGGCCAGUGUGCAGAGUGAACCAGGCCAGCAGAACCUCUUGAACCAACCUCCGCUGGGACGCAAUAGAGGACUGAGACAGCUGCGACGCCCCCUGCUGUCUCUUCCGAAGAGUGAGGCGCGAGGACCAGGUCGCUCUGGAGCCCGACUCUCCGCCACCCGCAGGAGCAUCCAGCCCAAGAACAAACCUCUGGAAACUUUAUUGGACUGCGAAGCAACCCACGGGUGGGACCAGAAGAGGGUGGUCACCUUCACAGAGGGCCAGCAGGCUCAGGCAAAGUCCCCCGACCCCUCCCGGCCCCUCCAAUCGCUCCCCCCUGCUGCCCCUGGGGCCUCAUCCUCGGCCACCGUCAAAGCUGACCUCCACAGCCCUGCCAAGAAACAGUUAUCGAUGGAGAGCAAGGAGAAACGAGAACAGUGGGGCCUCCGCAGCAGCCUCUCUCCUCGGCCCUCCAUCUCCCGCGCCUCCACCCCCACCCCACCCUCCUCCUACUCUCCUCUCCCUCCUCCACCUCUCCCCAUCUCCCGCGCCUCCACCCCCACCCCACCCUCCUCCUGCUCUCCUCUCCCUCCUCCACCUCUCCCCAUCUCCCGCGCCUCCACCCCCACCCCACCCUCCUCCUGCUCUCCUCUCCCUCAUCCACCUCUCUCCAUCUCUCGCACCUGUUCUCCCCUCCCCCCUCUGCCGAUCCUGGGGAUCCGACCCCCGCUCCCCCACCCACCUCUUCCAUCCUGGUCCGUCUUCCCAUCAGACCCCCGAGAGCCCUGAGGACGAGGACACGACUGCCCUGCUGGGGAGGAACACGCAGACACCCUCCUCCACAUUUCAGAGGA